AUGACUAACUCAGGCUAUCAAGCUUUCCCUGUACUAAAUCAGCAAUUCAUUGUGGAUAAAAAGUUUCAGUUUAUUCGUGAAAUGGGACAAGGUGCAUACGGUGUCGUAUGUGCUGCCAAAGACACAGAUUCAGAUGAACAGGUGGCCAUCAAAAAGGUGUGCCGUAUAUUCGAAAAGACCAUUCUUGCGAAAAGAGCUUUGCGUGAAGUCAAGUUGCUAAAGUUUUUCAAUGGACAUGAAAAUAUCACUUCGGUUCUUGACAUGGAUAUCGUUAAUUUGCAAGACUUUAAUGAAAUUUAUCUCGUGCAAGAACUCAUGGAAGCUGAUCUUCACCAGAUUAUUCGCUCCGGUCAACCGUUGACGGAUGCUCAUUUCCAAUACUUUGUCUAUCAAAUCUGUAGAGGACUAAAGUACAUUCACAGUGCCAAUGUUUUGCACAGAGAUCUCAAGCCAGGCAACCUCCUUGUCAACGCUGAUUGUGAAUUAAAGAUUUGUGAUUUCGGCCUGGCUCGUGGUUAUUCUGAGAACGAUGAACACAAUGUUGGUUUCAUGACUGAAUAUGUUGCAACAAGAUGGUAUCGAUCACCCGAGAUCAUGUUGAGUUUCCAAAACUACACUAAAGCCAUCGACAUGUGGUCUGUAGGAUGCAUUUUUGCUGAAAUGCUUGGUGGAAGACCGCUUUUCAAGGGAAGAGAUUAUGUGGAUCAGCUGAAUCAAAUUUUGGGUAUCCUUGGUACACCUGAUGAAGAGACCCUAUGCCGUGUAGGGAGCGAAAGAGCACAAGUUUAUAUUCGCAGUUUACCUCGCAUGCCGAAAAUUCCAUUUGAGAAUUUGUAUCCUAGAGCGAAUCCCAUGGCAAUCGAUCUAUUGAACAAACUAUUGGAAUUUGAUCCAUCUAAACGCAUUGAUGUGGAUGAAGCAUUAGCACAUCCAUACCUUAGUGCCUAUCACGAUGAAGACGACGAGCCCACACAUAGCUCUACUUUUGAUUUUUCAUUUGAGGUGGUGGAUUCAAUCGAUGAGAUGCGUCGCAUGAUUGCACAAGAAGUCAUGUCUUUCAAAGCCAACAAGGAGAGCUCUGAUCCACGCUAUGCUGGUAACAGUGGCACAAACUUGAAGCGUCGUGAAAGUAUGUCUGCUCAGGAUCGUGAAACAUUGGCAGCAGCACAAGCUAGAGCCACGCUCGAACCUUCAGCAGCUGCUGAUUCUGGGCUAGCUGUUGCUGAAACUGCCGUGAAUCCACCCACUACUCAUCCUAUGGAAGUCGAUGAUUUGGAAAGAGAACUAAGUGGAGCUAUCUAA